AUGGAACAAAGCCCCGUACUUGGUCCAAUUUUUCAUGGGCGAAUUAUAAGUCUGUUGAGUUUAUUGCUCAUAUUCGAUUAUAUUUUUAUAACAACAGCUUAUUCUCAUACGUUAGCCAAGGGUGCAUCUGUUCAAAUUGUAUUUGGGUUUGAGUAUGCCAUAUUACUUGUAUCUGUCUUAUCUACAGGUACGAAAUAUUUAUUACAUUCAAUUGAAAUUCGCAUAGGUGACCAAUGGGAAAACAAGGGUGUAUUUAUGUUGUACGCUGAUUUAAUACUUGGAUUUUUUCGAUCACUUUUAUAUAUGAUAUUUAUGUUGAUUAUGAUGAAAAUUCAUACAUUUCCAUUAUUUGCAAUUAGACCCAUGUUUAUUGCAAUGAGAGCAUUCCGUAAAUCAUGUGCCGAUGUUAUUGAAUCUCGACGUGCUAUUCGAAGCUUAAAUACCUUAUAUCCUGAUUUGAAUGCUGAAGAGUUGGCAGCAGUUACUGAUACAACUUGUAUUAUCUGCCGAGAAGAAAUGUUAGUUCAACAAAGUAUCAAACGUUUAGGUUGUCAACAUAUAUUUCAUAAAAACUGUCUUCGGUCAUGGUUUCAACGACAACAAACAUGUCCCAUAUGUCGUACAACUGUAUUACGGCCACUCGGUGCUCAGCUACUUGGAACUCCAAGACAAGUUCCAGUCGGUGCUCAAGCAGUGCCCGCUGCCGGAGGUGCCACGCCUCCACCAAAUGCAGAUGGUCAACCGCCACCAAGUGGAGUUCAAGCUGGCGGAGCGCAAGCAGAACACAAUGGAUCACAGCCACUUCCAUCUGUCAAUCCUACCUCAUUUAAUCUAAAUAAUACAAGCAAUACAAAUCAUCCUACUGAGCAAUCACAACAAUUUUCCAUACCGUUUGGAUCGUUUCCAGCCAUAUUACCUCCAUUUGCAUUUCCACCACCAAUUCUUCCAUCGCUAAAUUUUUCUGGUAUGUCUGAAGAAAGUAUUCGUGCAAUGGAGGGAACAGAAGUUCAACAUGUUCAAGCCCGAAUUCAAUGUUUAAGAAAUGUUCGCAAUCUACUUGAUGCGUCCAUGCUACAAAUUCAAACCUAUAUGAAUAUUGUUCAAACACAAAGCCAAAUGGAUAACAGUAGUAGAAUAUUGCGAGAUUUAAACUUAGACACAGAAAGAGUAUUACAACAGAAACGAAGUAAAGAGUCGGUCAAUGAACUACCAAAUGCGAUGAACACAGUCACAGCACAGUUAGAACUGUUUUUGUUUGUUUUUUAUUUUCUUGCAAAUGUGAAAGAAGAGAACACAGAUACAGAAGAAGAAGAAGAAGAUGAAGAUGAAGAUUAUUAUUUUUUUGUUAUGGAUUUAUCGAUGUGUCCGUAUUUUUGA